AUGGCGGCUGUUUCCACAUGUUAUAUCAGUGCAGCAUGUAAUCGUACAGUGCAGUGUGUACAUUGGGGUCGUAAUGGACUCGUUGCGUAUGGAAGCUGUAGGUCUAUAGCAAUAUAUGAGGCCAAGCGAGAAAAGGAAGCUGGGAGCAUAGUGUACAUGGUGAAUGGUCACAAAGGCAGAGUAAACUGUGUCAAGUGGAUAAGUUGUCCAACUAGCCAUGGCGUGAAAGAAACUGAAAUGGUUUCUGGAUCUACAGAUAAUACAGCCAUUGUGUGGAAAUGGAAUGAACAGCAGCGAAAAAAGGAAGCUGGGAGCAUAGUGUACAUGGUGAAUGGUCACAAAGGCAGAGUAAACUGUGUCAAGUGGAUAAGUUGUCCAACUAGCCAUGGCGUGAAAGAAACUGAAAUGGUUUCUGGAUCUACGGAUAAUACAGCCAUUGUGUGGAAAGGAAAUGAACAGCAGGUAUUUCACAUAUUUUGCAUACCGGUAGUUAACUUACAUACCGUUCCUAUUCUAUCACUGGGCAGAGAUGACUGUAAAAUCCAUCUCUAUGUGUAUCAGGAUGAUCAGUUUACUGAAGUACUUUCUCUUCAUGGUCAUGAAGAUUGGGUCAGAGGAAUAGAGUUUGCUGUAGAUGGUAAUGAUUUGCUGCUAGCCUCGUGUUCUCAAGACACUUUUAUCCGGAUAUGGAGAAUCUCGAUAUCUAUCAAAUCUUCUCAGCCUUUGGUGUUUAAUCCAGAUACGGAAAUAAAACUCAAAGAAAAUACAUUUAUAGGGACUGAAAAAGGUAUUGUGACAUCCUGGCAUGAGAUAGCAAGACCACAAGUACAUGGGUAUGACAUGCAGUGUAUAGCAAUGAUGAGUCGAUACAGAAUGGUGUCGGGGGCAGAUGAAAAGGUUGUGAGGAUUUUCAGUGCACCCAAAAACUUCAUAGAUAAUUUUGGUAAAAUCUGUGAAGCUGAUGAGAGUGUACCGGAAGGUGCCAGUGUACCAGCAUUGGGAUUGUCAAAUAAAGCAAUAUACGAUGGAGACCUGGUACAACCAGUUAACGAAAUCCAUCCAAAUGAACAAUAUCCAGAACUGUACUUUCAUUCGCUGAACAUGACAGAGCCACCGACAGAGGAACAUUUAUUACAGAAUUCGUUGUGGCCGGAAAUCCAAAAACUGUAUGGCCAUGGUUAUGAGAUAUUCAGUAUUGCAGCGCACCCACAUGGACAUGUGCUAGCUUCAGCUUGUAAGGCUGCUAAACCUGAACAUGCUGCCAUCAUAUUAUGGGAUGCCAGGACGUGGAGGCAGAUGGUGUCACUAAUGGCCCAUUCUUUGACAGUCACACAACUAGCGUUUUCACAUAAUGGCAAAUAUUUACUGGCUGUAUCAAGAGACAGGACCUGGUCUCUUUUCAGGGAAAGAACGACUGACCAGUCAGAAGCAGGUAUGCUAAUUAUUUUCGAUAAACUAGUUAUCGUUUGGGGAGAAAAAGAAAAUGAUGGAAGUAAUCCUGCUUCUAGUUGUCUAGGUAACUACAAACCAUGUUCAUCACCGCUGGAUGUUGGAGAAGCUGCAACUGCUAUUGACUUUGCACCAAUCACAGUACAGAUUGAUAGAUAUUUACUUGGUGUUGGCUGUGAAUCUGGUGCAAUUAUGUUAUAUACGUGGAAACCAACCGAAUCUAGUCAAUGGAUCAAAUGUUGUGUUCUUGACGCAAUGUAUCCUUUUAGUGUAAAAGUUAUUGCUACUCGCUGGGGAUGCAUUAGUCAACCAUCUCAAAACUAG